AUGGCACAGCCCCCAAAGGCAGCUGACUGGGCCGACGACGAGGAAUUCGAUGAUUCCAACGCCCUCCCGCCCCAGCAAGUACUUACAAACAAAGACGGUACCAAGACCGUAAUAUCAUACCGCUUCGACGACGACGGCAAGAAAGUCAAGACCACCCGUCGCAUCCGCACAACAGUCGUCAAAGAGCACGUCAACCCCCGCGUAGCUGAGCGAAGAGGAUGGGCCAAAUUCGGCCUGGAGAAGGGUCAUCCGCCAGGUCCUUCGUUCGAUACCACCUCCGUCGGAGAGAACAUUAUAUUCCGCCCCAGCGUGAACUGGAAGGCUCAGGCCAAGGAGGUCGAGAAGGAGGGCGAGAAGGGCAGUUUGAAGGAACAGUUGAAGGACAAGAAGGUCAAAUGUCGAAUUUGUAACGGCGAGCAUUUCACUGCCAGAUGUCCGUAUAAAGAUACCAUGGCACCUGUUGACGAGGGUGCUGGAGGUGCGGGUAUGGACAUGGAUGGCGGCGAUGAUAAGCCAGCUCCUGGUGGACUGGGCCAGAGCGGAGGAAGCUAUGUUCCUCCUGCUAUGAGGAAAGGUGGUGCUGGUGUUGGUGAUAAGAUGGGUGGCAAGUAUGAGAGAGACGACCUGGCGACGCUGCGUGUUACCAAUGUUUCCGAGCUGGCUGAAGAACAAGAGCUUCGUGAUAUGUUUGAGCGGUUCGGACGAGUCACGCGAGUCUUCCUUGCUAAGGACAGAGAAACGAAUAUGGCCAAGGGCUUUGCUUUCAUCAGUUUUGCGGACAGGAGUGAUGCUGCUCGUGCCUGUGACAAGAUGGACGGCUUUGGUUAUCGACACUUGAUUCUUCGAGUCGAAUUCGCUAAGAAGAGCGCGGACUCCAAAUAA